AAUUAACGGUUAUUUACAAAAAUUUAAAUGCUUCUGUUAAGUACGAAAAGAAUAUCAAAAGGUACGAAAUGUAUUAUCCAAUGGACAUUUAUAAAGCUAAUUUUCGAAUUUUUGUUAUUAUCAUGGUGUCUCUAUGUGCUAUUUUAAUACUGCCAGUUAAUGGGCUUAGAAUAUAUUUACUUUAUGAUCAAUUUCGAGAUAGUGCAAUGGUUCUGUUUUUUUCAAUAAUGUAUUUACAAAAUAUAAGUUUGUGUGUUACUGAACUACAGUUUAUUGCUUAUUGUUUCGGAUUAUAUCUAAAAUAUCGAUCCAUCAACGAGGACAUGGCCAUUUUGAAGUCUAGAACGAUCACCAUAAACAGAUAUCCGUCAGCAUUAAAUCCUGGAAAAUAUAACAGCAUUUGUGAUAGUUCGGGUUCUAAUUACGAUAUCUGUCAAACAAUUAAAGAGUGUCAAUUGGUGAAUAGUAUCGAAUCAUUUAGGAUGAGACAUCGAUUCGUUAGUGACUCUGUUAAUGACUUGAACGAUAUAUACAGCAUCCAAAUAGGACUGUCUCUAUUCAUUUUACUUGUAAUGGCAUUAUUUGAUAUUUACGAAGUCGUGUUAACAGAAUACAAUAUAUUCCAAACGUAUGAGAUGUUAUUGAUGUGGUUGUCUCAGUAUGCAUUUAGAUUUUCUAUGAUUGUGUUGACAACACAUUUUACUACAAAACAGGCAAACAAAUCAAAAAUGAUUUUAACUGAUAUAAAUAAUCGAUAUACAGACUACAAUACAAAAGAAGAGUUACGGUUGUUUUUGAAGGAAUUAUGUAGUCGUUCUAUGGAGUUUACGACUUAUGAUUUGUUUUUACUAAACACACGAACAAUUACUUCAGCCAUAGUCGCGGGUACAACGUAUCUCAUUAUAUUCCUACAGUUUCGUUAGAUAACAAAACAAAUUAAACUAUUUCAACAUUACUAUUUAAGACUAGAAAAUAUAUUUAAUUUUAAUAACAAAUUAAACUAUGAACAUAGUAAGUAACAAUAAUUUAAUAACUAUUAUUAUGUGUGUA